AGCAUUGCGACUUGCGUUGGAAAAUAAACGCAGGCGUUCACCAGUCGAGUUUUCGGAUCCGUCGAAGUGGUACUGUCGUCCCGACCGAUUCCUAAGUGCCUGAAGUUAAGGAAUGUGCCUUUAGUGACCAGUGUUGCUAGUGUUAAAGUUUAUUUUUAAUCUGUAAAGUGUUCAGUAGAAGUCAUGGAGCUAAGAAGAUUAUCUAUAUGCAUAGCAUUCUUCGUGUUUGCUUGCGUGUCACAAUGCUCAGAAGCGCGCCACUCCAUGUACAGCCGUGAGGUGGAAGACAUCAACUAUGAUGAUGUACUGGCUGAUGAAGCGAGCGAUGAUGAAGCGCAAAAUGACGCUGAUGGAGGAAACGACGCCGAUGAAGACGUGGAAGAUGCAGUGAUUGUCACUCAAGCGACUAACUACAGUGUUAUCAUUGGAAAAACUGUCAGAUUGGAAUGCAAAGUUGAACCAGCCAAUGGUGUUGUUGUUCAAUGGACAAGGAAUAAUGCAAAAUUCUUCAUCGGGACUAUGAAACCCACAGAACAGGAUUUAGAGACUAUCUCAGGACAAAAGAGAUUCUUUAUUGCGGCGAACUCCACUGACCUCCUCAUAAAAGACAUACAAUUUGAGGACAGCGGUUUCUACAAGUGUGAGAUACUUCAGGCGAAUCCACCCUCUAUUCAACACCACAUUGCUAUUCUGGAGUCAGCCAAAAUUAUUCGCUUUUACGCAUCAGACAACGGCGUCGUAAGAGAAGGGAAGGACCUCCUCCUCACUUGUGAGGUCUCCGGGUCUCCUCCUCCACAGAUCCUCUGGUCUUGGGGUGGUAUUGAUGGGAACCAAAACCAACGUUUAUCGGAAAAAGACGGAGAGUUCACGGCAAACAGUGUACUCCUACGAGAUGUGAAACAUGAAAGCUCAGGGAAAUAUUACUGCUAUGUGUUUAACAAUCUUGCUCACGCGCAGGCCGAGCUCACCGUCAAUGUUUUACGCAAACCUAGAGUCCAUGUACACAGAACUGUCAUUAACUCUGACAUCAAUGUUGAAGCUGUGUUGCAGUGCUCCAUCCAUGAUGAACUGGCUUCUCACAUCCGCUGGUACAAAGACGGCAGACCAGUCAGUGACUCCUCAAGCCAGUACAUCAUCAGCACUGAAGCCCAGCACUCCAACUUGACCGUCGUUCCGACAUCUGAUCAAGACUUCGGUACUUUUACUUGUGAAGCGGAAAAUGAGAACGGCAAGCACAACAGGUCCAUCGACCUCGUACAGAGUCCGGUAGUCGAAAGCUUCAGCAAUGACGGACCAAGACUUUCUUGGACUAUCCACUCUCACCAGCCGUUGGAGGAAAUUGAACUACAACUGAGGGAUUUGAACGGGGAAGGAGAAUGGAGGACUGUCAGUGUACCACUUCCCGAUCGGAGACAUCACGAGUACGAGAUGAUCUACUCUCUGGAGAACGCUGAAAUCGACGCCGGCAAAUACGAGGCCACACUCAAAGUGAAGAAUAACAAGAGUUGGAGCGAACACAGCAACCCCGCCAUUGUUGAUAUCGAAGCGCAAGCGCAGUACAUCAGACCGGCUUCAGUAUACCUACCUGGAAGCGGCCAUUCCAUCAGACCCUCGUUAAUUCUCUUCCCCCUCAUCUACUUGUUGGUGCGACUCUAAAUCCAUUAAUAGUUUUAAUUAUUUAUUAUUAGAAUUAUUAACUCGCUUUCUUACUUCAUUAGUCAAGGUGAAUAAAAACGGCCGUUAAAAGGCCUAUAAUUAAGCAAUUAGUUUAACCUGUGAUUAAACAGAUUUUCAAUUUUUCGUUGAUCGUGACGGGAAGGAAUAAUAACAGUUUUGAUUGACGUAACGUACACAUACAUAAACAUAUAUG